AUGGAACAAUAUUCUGAUCGAGCAGAAUCCAACUCUAUCCCUGACUAGUCCUAAUCGACCGUACUGACUUUUGGCAAAUUGUGAGCCUGUUCGAUUUACCUGAGCUGAGCCAAUUGAAGAUUUCAUUUCACUUGCUACAAACAUGGAGAUUAUGGAAGAUGGAAAUUUAGUUGAUAGAGUUCGGAUAUUGCUGCAAAGAGAUAUGAAAUACUACCAGGAGAAACAGACCGUGUUGCGUGAAACAAUCUGCACAGGAAUAAGUGGUGGAAAAUUAGAUUUUCCAAGGCACGCUUCUUUUGCGGCAACUAAAAUUGUGGCUUGGUGGGAGGCUGAAUUUACAACAACUUUCAAAGAAUCGUCUGGCCUUAGUUCCACAGGCAUGAAAGAUACAGGUUUAGCCAAUUGUGGGGGAGUUGUAAAACAUUCCGAGCCAGCAGAGUUUGUUACCAUGAUAGUUGAUACAUCGGAACAGCUCUUAGAACAUUUACAUACCCUGACUCAAGAGGCGUUGGAUCAUGCUGAUUUAACAGUUCUGACUGCGACAUUGGGGGCGGCAGCUUUAGUACGAAAUUGUUUAUGGAGUUAUAAUCAGAAAACAAAAACAUCUACUCCUGCACAGUCGAGCAAUAAAAUACACAAAUGCUUCAAAUCAUAUCAAGAAAUAGCGGAAGCUUUAGCAGAGCGGCUUCUCGAUCUACAUUGUCGUUUAAUUUCGUUGUACAUUUUAAAUGAAGCCGAUUCAUUCGAUUGGCAAAGUUGUCGACCAUUCUUUGAAAAAGAGCGCUGUUCUUUUGUGAUUCAAAUGUGGUGGCUUUACAUGCAAGGUACCAAGGAUGACCUUUGGAAUACAGUUCCUCCAAAAAUGGCACAGCGCGUUUUUGCUGGGAUGUUGGAUGAAUCCUUGACCAUUAUCACAGCACGUUUUGUCCAUGGCCGUCCUAGUCUCGCUCGUUGUGGUCAAUUUUGGGCAGAUGUCUUCAAUGUUUUAUGCUGCACAGCAAACUUGGCACUAGCUACAUUCGUCAGUGGCAGUGAGAUGGUUGGCUUCAAUAUGAACAGAUUAUCUAUAAUUUCAAGAGACAUACAUGCUAAGUGUGGUGAAUUACUCGUUUCCCUACUACUGAGAGGAACACCUUUAAACGUACUGUUCCAGGUUCUCCGCGAUGGAUUAGAAAAUUUAGAUAUGUCGCUACCACGCCGAGGUCCAGCUCCGUGGCUAAUAACAAGUAUGCCAGAUCUCUUACCACCUUCAUCAGAAAAUAUUGAUAGCCUAAAGCUUCUUGCCGAUGGUCCAGCAAUCGCGAUUGAGAUGAAAAUUUUAAGAGCUCAGCCCCAGCCUGACUGGCGUCAAUUAAUGAAAACAUUGUUAAUGCGAAACAGUAAAGUUUCCACAAUACUACUUGAAGAAUUCUGUAAACAAAGCAUUGGUUUCAAAUCGGACGAUAGUUUCACUGAAAAAGAAAAAAGUAAAGUUGAAGAAGAGCAGGAGGGAUGUGGAGGAUUUUUAUGCUCCGGGCAUGAUUGCUCUCGGCCUGCUUCAACCCCAGCAUUAUGGUCGUACAGUCUCACUUACAUUUCUAUAAUUGCUGACAUGGAUGCAACAGAUGUAAUUAUUCCGGCUCUCCUACAAGACUCGGAUUGGUCAAAGUGCCUCGAUAGAGAACAGGUUUGGAAUCAGAUAAGACCGCCGUGGCUACACGCUAUUAUCACACCCUUAUAUCCCGUGAUGGCACCUGUUGUAACGACACUGCUCGAUGCUAUCAGGACGGGAGCAAGCAUCUAUCAAACAAUGUCUUUAGCCCUGGCGUGCUUCAGCGAACUUUAUAUCUGCGCACCAGCAGGUUUGCUUCGUACGGUUUUGAAGAUAAACGAUAACAUUCCUGCUCAUUGCCACCCAAUAGGUGGUUCAGUACUUCUCCAGAUACUGUGCACUGCUCUAUACACUAAUUUCCUAAAAGUCAAAGCUGAUGCUGGAACUAAUUCUUCAUCAUUUUUUGCGCUAAAUGAACCCCAGUUGAUUGCUGGUAGUCUUGAUCGAAACGAUAUCACUGCCUUGGCCAUUGCCCUGGGAGAAGCAAUUUGCAGCAUCGAUGAGGAUGAUAAACAUACUUUGCAAAUUGAUUCUUUGUUGGAUUUAGUUAAUCAGAGAGUGGAGUCUGAGAACUUGAGCUGGCGGGGAAUAGAUUCUGAGGGUUUGACAAGCGUAGCCGAAGCUUACGCUGAUGAGCUCUUAUUUACACCUGAAGGCCGGCUUGCAAUAAAAGUAAUUCACGAAUAUAUAGUUCAUAGUUCGGAUUGGAUACUGAGUUGCUUGGGGAUUGAAGGGGAAAAGACAAUGAUUGGGGCUCCGAAAUACAUCCCAGGCACACCGGUGCCACAACCGCUUUUGCAUGUCAUGUUUCAUAUUGGAUGCAAACCUUUUGAUCAACUUCUCAUUGAUUACAUGCAGGCUGAUUGGUUAAGAGUUUUGAAAAUACCCCAAGCCAUAACUGUAGAGCGUAUUCGCAGUCAAAUUUUAAAACGGCCCGAGUUUAAAGAAAUGGCAAAUCUCCCACCAGGGGACAAAGAAGCUACCGAAGCUCUAAAAUUGUUAUGUAGCACCAGGAAAGCUAGCCGGCUGAUAUAAGACUCAGUAAUAUAACAUACGUAAUUAACGAAGAUUUGAAAUUGCAGAUUAUUAAUCAUCGCACAUGUACGCCAGUUUUUACAUAUUGCACUUUUAUAAACAAUCUAAUGAUUUACAUUCCGUACGGUAAAAUGUAAUUAGGAAAUUUGGAACGAAAUAUUACAGAUAAAUAUUACAAUAAAAUUAGGCCAAUCAAUAAA